AUGACAACAAUAAAUGAAAUGAAAGAUGCUUUAAAAGAAACUCUUGAAUCAAGAGGAGUUUUAUCUUAAUUAAGAGCAAGAAUAAGAGCAGAGAUAUUUAAUGCUUUAAAUGAAGAUCCAGAAGACAAACCAAAACUUUCAAUGGGUAUAUUUAGAUUUUGAAUUAGAAAAUAUGAUAAUUAAUGAUUUAAUAAGAGAAUACAUGGAAUAUAAUCAUUAUAGUUAAACAACAAGUGUAUUUAGUUCAGAAGCAGGAAUGCCUUAAGAAAUGCUUGAUAGAGGAUUCAUAACAAAAAAAUUAAAAAUUGUAGAAGAUAACAAUUCUAAAUAAACUCCAUUAUUAUAUGGUAGUUAAAUUAAUUAUUAUUAAUAUAGGUCUUGUUUUUGGAAUGAAGAAAGUCAUUAAUAAUUAAGAAGUUUAAAAUGAACCAUUAACAGGACCAAAAUAUAGAAAUAUUUAUCCUGAAUCAGGUUAAGUUGUUGAAUCAAAUAAUGAAUUUGAAUUUUAAGGAGGAAGAAGAAAUAUUUCUGAUUAAAUUUUUAAAUGAAAC